CCCAAUGAUUGACACUUUUCAUUUCCAAGAUUAUAAAUUGACGACAGAAAUUGUGAAUUUCUCGAUGGCUAAAACCAAUUGCUGGUGGGUUAGACACUGCAAAUUUAUUUUUUUAGUAAUUUUAGAACUCAGGAUCGAACAGAUAAAACCAGAAAGGUCAAUAACUGGUACGCCUGCCUUACAGCAUGAUUUACAGGCAUCAUCGAAGAUGAAAUCUGAAAUCGAAGUCUCUGACCGUUCGUGGAAACUGACUUUUGUUACGAUAAUUAUGAUUUUUUUCUCAGUGUGCGAAUAGGAUACAGCAUUCGCAAUCUGAUCACUCGAAUUAUUUGACAGGCUUCUAUAAAUAGUACCGUACUUGUGUCAUUGAGAUGAAAACUGACACUUUGAAUUACGACACUCAAAAGAGAGAAUCGCGUUACACGACAGCGAGGGUUACGUUAAUCGCAAAACUAGCGAUUAAAUACACUUUUUGUAUCAGGAUGUUGCGCAACUCGACGCAACCCUUCGUUCGAUAUCACUUUUUGUCAAGUGGGUUAAUUCCAUUUCUCGAUUUGUAGUAAGAUACGUACACUAUAUUCUAGCUCUGUGUAAUACCCAAUGGCUGAUGAGCGUAUUGAGUUGGGUAACCGUUUUAAGCUAGACGUGGAACCAAAACUUGAAGUGUCUGAUCGUCAAGAUUUGCUUGCGGUACAGACUGCAAUGAAUCCAUAUCUUAUCGGUAAAAAAGUACAAAUCCACCCAGAAAAGGCGACCAUCGCAGAUUGCGCAUUCAUUCGACUGCGUGAACUCGGGAUGUUCAGACCGUCGAGAUUUUCUCAUAUCCGCAUGUGAAUGUCGUUCAAAAUUCACCUAAACCACAGUAAAAAUCGGAAAUAUGUUUUGUUCUACGACCGGGAGUUGCUUAGUGAAAUUAAGUUGUCACCAUUAAAAUGACUACCAGAAUCAACCUUUGAAAUCAAGGUGAACUACGAUCUUCAGUUGCCAUAUCAGCAGUCUCCGGCCAACCCUCGUAUACCGGUGAUCUUAAUUGCGCAAUAGUUUUCGUUGAACAAAUAGUAACCAUGAAGAGCACCAAGACCUCUCCACAAAUAUUGGCUGCCAUAACAAGCUCACUGAUCCUGGUAUCAGUCGGGUUUCACACCGGAUGGUCAUCACCAUCUUUGGCCAAAUUGCAAGCCGAGGACUCGGACAUCGAGGUCACAUCUGACCAAGGAUCAUGGAUCGCUAGUUUUAUGUACGUCGGUAGCAUCUUUGGAUCGAUCGUUGGCGUUCCAAUAGUGGACAGGUGGGGUAGGAAAAUGUCGCUUCUGGUAACCUCGGCGCCCUUGUUCAUCGCGUGUCUGCUGAUUGCUUUCGCAAUGAAUUACUUGUGGCUGUACGUCGCUCGGUUCAUCGCCGGUUUCGGCCUCGGGAUAAUCUUCACAGCUAUUCCUAUGUACAUGGGUGAGAUCGCCGAGGACAGGGUGCGCGGGGGUUUCGGAAUUCUGAUAACCGUAAUGCAGAAUACCGGCUCCCUCGUGGCGUACGCGAUUGGUCCCUGGGUCAACAGAACCACCCUCGCAGCAGCUGGAGCUGUUAUACCGAUUCUUUACGUCGUGACUUUUGUCUGGAUACCCGAGUCUCCGUAUUACUAUGCCAUAAAAAAUAGCCCCUUCAGGACCGAAAAGAGUCUGAUUUGGCUCAGAGGAACCCCCGACAUUCUCGAGGAAGCUAGAAGUAUUGAAAAAAACGUAUCGAUCGAGAGUAACAGCGUGAGAACCAUGCUGGAACUGUUCACCGUCAGGAGCAAUCGAAAGGCGAUGGGUAUCGUCAUUGGGUUGCUGACUUUUCAACAGUUUUCUGGUACAACAGCAAUAUUGGCUUACUCAACCAUCAUCUUCGAUGAAGUUGAUUCCGGGAUCAGUUCCAGCGUCUCCGUCAUCAUAACGGGGGUCGUUCAACUUGUGUUUGGCGUUUUGGCAUUAUUUUUAACGGAUAAAACAGGGAGAAAACCUUUGCUCAUCACCUCCAUGUCACUCUGCUCAGUUUUUUUAUUGGCUGAGGCCUUGUACUUUCAACUUCGAGCUGUCGGUUCUGACCUCACGGGAGUUUCAUGGCUUCCGGUCGUAGCAAUGGUUGGCUAUUUAAUCGGCUACGCGAUUGGAUUAGGAACCGUUCCAAUGGCAGUGAGCACAGAAGUUUUUCCGUGCGAGGUGAAAGCUUUCGCAAUCACCAUCGGUGCCAUCUACCUCUGUGUGGCGGGAAUUUGCGUGACCAAAUUCUACCAAGUCAUAAUGGAUUCUUAUGGUAUUCACAUAGCGUUUUACGUUUUCGCAGCUUGCUCCGCUGUAGGUAUAAUUUUCACGGUGCUAAUGAUUCCUGAAACAAAAGGACGUUCGCUCAGCGAAAUUCAAGAUCAACUUCGACGAUAAUCUAAAUUAGUCCCUCUCUAAAUCGUGUUUCCGACCCUCUCCCUCUUUCCAUCUGGUACGAACAGUUAAUAGGAGAGCUGUUUACACCGAUGGCCUUUACGUCACUAUAUUAAUUCCACUUUGUCUAAGGUAUUGUACUUGUAUUAAUACCUUUCAAUUUGGAGGGAAAGAUAAAGGUGAUAUUGUGUCAUAUCGUGGUUUUAAGAAUGUCCGAUUCUUGCGAUACCGUGAUUUUAUGUUUUACCCACCUUUAUGAUACUGAAACGAAUUUUCGAUGUAUGGUAUCCGGCGUUAUGAGAAACGCACUGUGCCACAUAUGAAAACUAUCUCAUUACCCUUAAAUUUAUGAAAUACGAAAGACUUUCUAUAAAUUAAGUUAAGUACCUUGCUAUGGUUCUAUAACUAACAGUAAUUGUUUAAGGAGCCGUACGUGUAUCGAAUAAAAUUUUAAACAAACAAAUUUCGCAUUAAAGCUAGCACCAAACCAAGCGAUCUACACAAACUGAUUUUUCACCUGUUCCAAAAAUUUUCAGAUAACAACGUGCGUGCAAACCUUGUAGCAAUAUAAAAUCGUUACAAAUCGAUCCCGAUUUUUAUUU